AUGAGAAAAUCAGUAUUAAAUCUUACAUCUUCUCUUUUUCUAUUAACAGGAGAUGGUGGUACAAUUACAAUAUCUAAUGAAACGUUGUGUGCAUCUACAAUUCGUCUUGAUGAUGUAGAAUGGCCAGCAAAAUCGUCUAUUCUUAUGUUAAAAAUUGAUGUUGAAGGUUUUGAACUAAAUACACUUCGUUCAACCGAAAAAUUAUUUCGUGAAAAGCGUAUUCAUCAUUUAAUCUUUGAAUAUACAGCUUGUGUGAAACAAUUAUUUGUGUUAGAUCGAACAGUUAAUACUGUUUAUGGACCAUUGACUUAUGAUUAUACUAAAUCAAUUUCAUGA